AGUGCAACGUUCUUUCGUGGCUUCAAUGUUGGAGGAAAUAUUGGAGAAACGAAGGAUGCACCGGAAAACAGCAUGGCUGCUUUAAAACUGGCAUUAGAAAACCGUAAUACUGUUAUGUUUGAUGUCCGUUUGGCUAAUGAUGGGGCUGCCGUUGUGAUCAGAGACGAAACGACGGGUAGGACAGCGAAGAAGGAUGUGAUUGUGUCAAAGACACCCUCAACCGAGCUGAUCAAAUUGACUCUGCGAAAUUCUGAAGAACAUAUUCCACUUUUCAAGGAUGUGAUGGAUUGGUGUCGAAAGAAGGGCGCGAAGGUUGUGAUACGAACAGAGGAAAGUCCUGAAGCGGUCAGUUAGUA